AUGCCAGUCUUUGAAUAACAUUCGACAUGAAUAGAUCGAAAUAUACCACACACCAAGAUUUCGAAUGGGCGAUGAAAUUGAAUCGUAUCACUUUAGAAUUUAUUGGGCUUUGGCCCAAAACCAUAGAGAACUCUCGACAGAAGUUAAUGUGCAAUUUACGAGUACUUGUCGUUUUUCUUGCGCUAACAUUCGGCAUUCUGAUUCCUUGUAUACAUUCCUUUAUAAGAAUUUAUGGAGAUGUCAUGCUAAUGAUUGAUAAUUUACAAGCUACUUCAGCAGCUUUAAGUUCCACGAUAAGAAUCACGAUUUUUUGGUGGAAGAUAGAAGGUAUCAUACCAAUCAUAGAUAUGAUUGCGGAGGAUUGGGGAAGACCGAAAGAUGCACAAGAGAGGAAUAUAAUGAUCAGAAGGGCACAGAGUGCACGCUUAAUUAUUAUGUCCGCAUAUUCCAUCAUGGCAUUAGGAUGCGUCUUUCUUUUUAUUCUUCCCGCAUUUGGAGUCUCGAUAAGAUUGAGGUCCAAUAUUACUGAUCCAGGCAGACCUUUGCCUCUACAAUCAUAUUAUAUGUACGAUAUAACUAAAAGCCCGCAAUACGAACUAACAUUUAUUAGUCAAGCAAUCUGCAUAGUUCUCUCAGUCAUGUGUUAUUCUGGAAUCGACAAUUUUCUCGGGUUACUAAUCUUCCAUAUAUGCGGUCAAUUGGACAUUCUUAAAAAUCGUUUGACACGUUUGGAUAAAUAUAUCAAAACAAAUGAUAUGUUGAAGAGCUGCGUGAUAAAACACAGUCGUUUAAUUAGAGCUAUUGAGGUUAUUGAAGAUACGUAUAGCAUAAUACUUCUGGCAUUAUUUGUAUACUUCUCAAUACUUUUCGCCCUCUGUGGUGUCCGGAUAAUUGCACUAUUCGACGAAGGAAAUGAUUUCUCACUCGCAAGUUUGGUAUUCUUUGUAUGCAUGGUUUUCAAUAUAUUUGGACAUAUGUGUUUAUACUGUGCUCUAGGCGAAUUUUUGGUGGCUAAAUGCGAUGAAAUGUAUUAUGCGGCCUACAAUAAUGGAUGGUAUUCCGUCGAUCCAAAACUUGCACUAGACUUGUUGUUUGUGUUGAUAAGAGGAACCAAACCGAUUUAUCUUACGGCUGGAAAAAUGUUCCCCAUAACAAUGACCACAUUUUGCAAUGUAAGGUAUUUUAUUGUGCUAAGCUAAAGCAUUUGAAUGACAUCGUAAUUUAAAUAUUUUCCAAACAUUAAUUCACUUUCCACUAUUUUA